UGGGCGGCGCGGGGGCAGCGUACAGCUCCGCAGGCAGCCGGUGCGGCGGAAGCCCUUCAGGCCGCGCGAUGGGUGCCGAGGCCUCCGGGAGCGGGCCGGCGCUGCGGGAGCUGGUGCGCGAGGCCGAGACCAGCCUGCUCGAGUGCAAGGUGUGCUUUGAGCGGUUCGGCCACCGCCAGCAGCGGCGCCCGCGCAACCUGCCCUGCGGCCACGUGGUCUGCCUGGCCUGCGUGGCCGCCCUGGCGCACCCCCGAACGCUGGCCCUCGAGUGCCCCUUCUGCCGGCGAGCCUGCAGGGGCUGCGACACCAGCGACUGCCUGCCGGUGCUGCACCUCCUGGAGCUCCUGGGCUCCGCGCUGCGCCCGGCCCCAUCCGCCCCCCGCGCCGCCCCCUCCGCCCCCGGGGUCCUCACCUGCCACCACGCCUUCGGAGGCUGGGGGACCCUGGUCAACCCCACUGGGCUGGCGCUGUGUCCUAAGACGGGGCGGGUCGUGGUGGUGCACGACGGCAGGAGGCGUGUGAAGAUCUUUGACGCCGGGGGAGGAUGUGCCCAUCAGUUUGGAGAGAAGGGGGACGCUGCUCAGGACAUUAGGUAUCCACUUGACGUCACCGUCACCAACGACUGCCAUGUGGUUGUCACCGACGCCGGCGACCGCUCCAUCAAAGUGUUUGACUUAUUUGGCCAGAUCAAGCUUGUCAUCGGAGGCCAGUUCUCCUUGCCUUGGGGUGUGGAGACCACCCCUCAGAAUGGGGUCAUGGUAACUGAUGCGGAGGCGGGGUCCCUGCACCUCCUGGAAGUCGACUUUCCAGAAGGGGUCCUCCGGAGAACUGAACGGUUGCAAACUCACCUGUCCCAUCCCCGGGGGGUGGCGGUGUCCUGGCUCACCGGGCACAUUGCGGUGCUAGAGCACCCCCUGGCUGUGGGGACCGGGGCCUGCAGCACCACGGUGAAGGUGUUCAGCGCAAGUAUGCAGCUCAUCGGCCAGGUGGAUGCCUUUGGGCUGAGCCUCUUUUUCCCCUCCAAAAUAACCGCCUCCGCUGUGACCUUUGAUCACCAGGGGAACGUGAUUGUUGCCGAUACGUCUAGUCAGGCUGUCCUAUGCUUAGGAAAACCUGAGGAGUUUCCAGUACUGAAGCCCAUCAUCACCCACGGUCUUUCCCAUCCUGUGGCACUGACCUUCACCAAGGAAAAUUCUCUUCUUGUGCUGGACAGUGCAGCCCAUUCUGUAAAAGUCUAUAAGUUUGACUGGGGGUGAUGGUGGGAGUCUUGGGGCCUGGCAUCAGAAGCCCUGGAGCUGCCACUGCUGAAUUGUUGAACCCUUGAUAAAUUACUUAAUCUCAUCUGUUCAACAGAUAUAAUUAUAAGUGCCUGGUAGACUUACAAAGGUUGGGGCAAUUAUUAAAGAAUAAUAAUUAAAUCUAUGAUUUAUGGAUUAUGUACUCCCUAUGCUAAGAAAUUUGCUAAUAUUAGCUCCUUUAAUCCUUGCAAUUACCCAAUUUCUAUUAUGAAUCCCAUUUUAGAGAUGAGAAAACUGAGACUCAGAGAGCUUAAGUGAUUUACCCAAGGUCACACUUACUAUGACAGUCACAAAUGGAACUCAAUUCUGACUCCAAAACCCCUUGCUCUUAAAUAAGAUAACAUGUGGAAAAAUAUAUGUGGGUGUAUAUUGUUGCUAUGUGUACUCUAUUUACAGGUAGCUAUUUAGUUAGAUGCACAGAGAAGGGAGACUUUAUAGAGUUUAAGAGAAAAAGGAUUUUGUGGUGGACAUCAGUUUAGUUCAACUUGCAGUUCCUUUGGUGGCUCAUUAGAUGGAGUUACUGUGGAUCCUGAGUUACUUCAAUAAGAAAAACAAUUGAAAUUGCUUAUUCAGAAGGUCAAUGCGUCUCUUAGUACCUGUAUCUCCUCCGCUGUAGGUACUCAGGAAAUACUACUUGGUUGGUUGAGAAAGGCUUGUGUUGACGUAAGUUCUAAACUCCUGUGGAACGCUCUACCCCUGUUCUCUGUGUUAGAGGGCUGGAUGAUAUUUCUGUUCAUGUUCAUAAAGAGAUAAGUCACCACAGUCAGUUCAUGGCAGAAAUGAUUUUGCCUGCCUUUUUAUGAUCAGUGGUAACCUGAAGCACUUUUGUGAUGGGAGUUUUUCUCUGUCCAGUUUAAAUCUGUCCCAUGUGUUGCAAACACUGUGUACUCAAUAAACCAUUCCCUUGAUCCUGAGUCAGCAUUUAGCCACUGGUAACCAGUUAAAUACUUCUUGAAUUGAAGUACAGCCUUGACCAAGGUAAUGCCUGCUUCAAUGUUGCAGUUGAUUAAGUGAAUAGGUGGAAAUUUCGGGUGAAGUGGCCAGUUCUUUGUAAGUUGUGUGUGUUUAGCUAGUGUAAGCAUUUCAGAGUUGAGGGCUGUUGGAAUAGUACCAAAUAACGGACACCUCAGAAGCAGCAGAAAAAAUUUUUUCUCAGGGAGAAAAUAUUGGUUCUGAAAGGUGAGAGUUUGUUUUAGGUAAUAGCGGAUGCUUUAUCAACAAUAGGCUUCUAUUUUACAAAGCAUUUUAAUAGAUAGAAUGUACAUUCUAGGAAUAGCCCCAAAAUUAUGAAUAAGAUUAUAGUUUGUCCUGAAAGAGUGAGCUUGGCUCCCGUGCCAGCCCACAGAAGCCCAUUUUGCUUCAAUGCCCCCAUCAUGCAGUGCUAAUAAGAUUUCAGGCACCCUGGACCGCUCACCAUUUGUAAACGCAUCCCACAUAGGGAUUCUGGGAACAGCCCCAAGCCCUCAUGCUCACCCCACCCUUAGAAAUCGCCCUUGGGUCGGUGACAUCACAGGUAUUCUGGGUUGCAUAACAAGAAAAGUUGUCUCAGGUGGAGAUACGGGUUCAGACUUGGUCAUUUGUGAGUAGGGCAACUGUGGAUUGACCUUAACGUUUUCCUCGGGAACAAAGACAUUUUAAUGGCCUCGGGGUCAGUUGAGCCAAUCCAGGCACCUUCUCCUAUUUGGAAUUAUCAGUGGCAUCAUAUUUGCCUAUAGAGCUGUGCGUGUGUCUUUUUCAGGCCACAUGUGGUAUAUGCAGCACGUGUGGAGAUAUCACUUGUUACCAUGUGGAUUACCCAACCGGAAGAAUGGGGCGUGAGUUCCUAAGAUGACGUGGGAGCAAAUCAGAGAGGUGAUAACAAGUGACCUUGUUAACGGCUGCCUCUACUUGGCAGAUGAACAGGCUCGGGAGUGGGUGGGCAGAGGAAGCAGCUCUGUCCAGGAAUAGUGGAAUGCAGGAGCAGGGUUUCCCUGGGGAGGACACAAAGCUCGCUGUUCUUGAUCCCCAAGCAUGCAUGUGCUGAAGGAACAGAUUCAGUAACCCGCAAGGCAGAUGCUAGAUUCACCUUCCGGGCUGUGUUCUUUAAAGCAAGCUGGUUAAAGGGCUCAAACCAUGCCCCACUGAACUCCAGGUUAUUAGAGGAAUUGGAGAGUCUGAGGUAGGCAGGAGGAAGUAAUCACAGCAGAAAGUAAACGGUUCCAAGGUGAUGGAGGAGAGUUGGAAUGACUCUCCAGAGACCGGAGACAAAAAAACUUAACCAGGGGUAAAUGGCAAAGGAGAAGGAACAGACUUUUCCUGAAUGUCCCCCUCAAUCAUGUGCCCUUAGGCCAGCACUACCCACCCUGCGCCACCUGGUGAAUCCAUAAAAGCAAGCAAAGGCACACUCAGCAGUGCUCACAUCACCUUCCAUCUGUUCUAGUUUUGCUUGAUACCUGAUCCUUGGAUUGUCUCCUGUUUUUGACCUUGUUCUGCCCUCUGGACUUGCCACCUGGACUUGAUUUUCUCAGUCUUUUUCCUUGGCAUUCUCUAAGGACUUUGGUUCAGCGUCAUAAAUCUUCCCUUAGCAAGACACACUCCGUAUGCCAGAACCCAAAGCAUCACCAUUUUGCCUGUGCCUCGUCUAGACCUUUCCUGGUAAGUGGAGUGCAGACCUCAUUGAAAGUGAAUUUUGUGCCUUUUGAGGAAGAAGCAGUAUUCCAUACACCUCAGAAAAGCGAGGAAGAACCACUGAUGAUAGCAAUUUAAUCAUCCUACACCUGCCACAGAAAGAAGAAAUGUAGACUGGUGGCUAAUGCUCCACUAGUAGUGACCACUGUGGUGGCAUGCCAUGGUUAAUAAGGAGAUGAACUGUUUUCUUGAAGACUAUGUAGAAAAUAUGAUAAGGAGGCUGCCACGACUCACCACAGCUACCGUGCUGAACAAUGAUGGUGUCUGCUGUGCCCACGACCCCUUCUAAGGAAAACCUCCCCUCCCACAGGUCCUGCUGAUGAGCCAGCCCUCGGCCACCAUAUUUCCUACUACCCGACCCCCUCCAGCAAUAGCUGAUUGGAUUAGGGGUGCGCACCCAACUGAAGAACAGCCUGUCCAUUAAUGUCCCAUCAAAUAUAUUAAUUAGACCAGGAAACUGACCUACAAAUUGGCCUGGGAUGAGCAGGUUUUUCCAAAAAGGGGCAAGGAGAUCCAAUUAGAUUCUUUUUUUUGAGGCGGGGGUUGCCUGUUUCUUUUUUAAUUGAAGUACAGUUGAUUUACACUGUUGUGUUUCAAGUGUACAACAAAGUGAUUCAGAUAUACAUACAUCCUUUUUUAGAUUCUUUUCCCUUAUAGGUUAUUACAAAAUAUUGAGUAUAGUUCCCUGUGCUAUAUAAUCUAUUUGCAUUUUCAAACCACUGAUGGAUAAAUCUGGAUGGACUGAAAUUGGUGAUACAGGAGGCCAAUUCCAUUACAUUUUGGAGUUAAUUUCCACAAAAUUGUACAGGCCCAUAUGGUGGACACUAAAAUACAAA